GAGUCCUCUCCCUGCUACCUGCUGACCGUAAGGAUCAUCCGGAUGAGAAAUCUCCAGCGAGUGGACACCUUAAGCGAGGCUGAUUGCUACGUAUCAUUGUGGCUGCCAACUGCGACAUGUGAAAGGUCCCGCACUAAAACUGUGAGAAACUCCAACAACCCAGUGUGGAACGAAACCUUCUACUUCAGGAUCCAGAGUCGGGUCAAGAAUGUGCUGGAGCUGACAGUGUAUGAUGAGGAUUUUGCUACUCCAGAUGACCAUCUCCUCUGUGCGCUCUUUGAUACUGCUAAACUUCCAAUUGACAGAACAGUGCUCCUGUAUUUUAAGCCUGACCCAAAGGCCAAAGAGGAGCUAGAGGUUGAAUUCAAAUUGGAGGCUGCUUCUGGUCCUCAUGAAGUCAUUGCUACCAAUGGAGUCCUGGUGUGUCGUGAACUUUGCUGCUUAGAAGUUGAAGUGGCAGAGAAGAAGCAGCAAAAAUCAAAGAAAGAGCUUUCCCUCACCGUGAAGGGCUCCUUUGAGGGCACACAGGAUAUCACACUGGGCCCCGACGGAGUGGCCUGCCCAUCAGGUCCCACCAAGUUCCACUAUAUCAAGUACGCGGAGCCAACACUGGACGUCAUGUUGCCAAAGAAGAGGCGCUACCACCCUUGGAGCUGUAAGUACAGUACAGAGACCGGCUCCCCAGUGGUGAUGCUGAAUUCGCUGCCCAUGGGAAGAAAAACAACCAUUGCGGAGGAGAAAAGGUUUGACUUGAAUGUGACAGCACAAAACUGUAAUUGUUCGUGCCACCAAGACCUGGACAUGCGCUUUGGGUUUGACUUAUGUUCAGAGGAGAUGACUUUCCUGGGGAAAAGAAAGAGAUAUGUAGCAAGUGCCCUGAAAAAUGUUUUUCACCUACAACAGGAUCUGCAGGAUCAUGAAGUCCCUGUGGUGGCUAUCAUCACGACAGGCGGGGGACUGAAGUCGAUGACAGGACUAUACGGCAGCCUCAUGGGACUCAAGAAACUAAAUCUCCUGGACUGUGUAACAUACAUCAGUGGGUUGUCCGGCACCACGUGGACCAUGGCCAACUUAUACAGAGAUGCCUACUGGUCACAAAAGGACCUAGACUCUCAUAUUGGUGAAGCCCAGAAACAAGCAACCAAAUGCAAGAUGGGCUGUUUCUCUAUGGAUCGCAUGAAGUACUACAAUAAGCAACUUUGUCAGAGGAAAGAAGAGGGAUACAGGACAUCAUUUAUAGAUCUUUGGGGGCUCAUGAUUGAGUACUUACUAAAUGAUGGGAAAGACUCCCACAAACUUUCUGACCAGCAAGAAGCACUGUGUGAUGGCCAGAACCCACUGCCCAUCUAUGUGUCCGUCUGCGUCCGGGACAACUACAGCACCAAUGAUUUCAAAGAGUGGGUGGAGUUCACCCCCUACGAGGUGGGACUGCUGAAGUACGGCGCGUUCGUUCGCACAGAGCAUUUUGGAAGCGAGUUCUUCAUGGGGCGCAUGUUGAAAAAGCUCCCCGAAUCCCGGAUCUGCUACCUUCAAGGUAUGUGGAGCAGUAUAUUUUCUGUGAACCUAUUACAAAUAUGGGGACUGUCCCACAGUUCAGAGGACUUCUGGAAGAGAUGGACACAAGACAGAAUAGAAGAAGUUGAUGAAGACCCCGUAUUGCCUACAAGACCCCACGAGCUGAGGACUCGUAUGUACACUCCUCCUGGCCCCCUGUCCAGCGCCCUUCGGGGAGCAUUGACUGACCGUUUCUCCGUUGCUCAGCACCACAAUUUCCUGAAGGGCUACCAGCUGCAUAGCAAUUACCUGGAGAACGAGCACUUCUGUCGAUGGAAAGACACUGUGUUAGACUCACGUCCCAACCAGCUGAUGCAAAAUCCUGAUCAACUGGGCAUGAUAGACGCUGGAUUUUUCAUCAAUACCAGCAGUCCACCACUUUUAAGGCCACAGAGGGAAGUGGAUGUCAUCAUAUAUUUAAGUUAUACUACUGGAUCACAUACAUCGUCUCUAGAUAAGGCAUGCAAAUACUACUCAGAACAGAACAUCCCAUUCCCCAAAGUUUCUUUGACUGAUGAAGAUAAGAAAAAUCUGAAGGAGUGCUACGUCUUCCAAGAUUCAGAUUCGCCUGGAUGUCCGAUCGUGAUUUUUCUUCCCCUUGUGAAUGAUACCUUCCGAGAGUACAAAGCACCCGGUGUCAAGCGCUGUUGCUCAGAGAUGGAGGGAGGACAACUCGAUUUGACCAGUCGUUUUUCCCCCUACUGCAUGUUCUCGGUCAGGUAUACCGACGAGAAUUACCGCCGGCUGCUGAACCUCCGUGAAUACAACGUGCUCAACAACUCACAGAUGAUUAUGCAGGCCUUGCAGACAGCGAUGCAAAGGAGAAUGCAAAACAUGUGCUAA